AUUGAGCAUGCGAUUGACAACGACUGGUCUCUGGACAACCAGAUCCAGAACUACGUCCUUCAUGGAGACCAGCUGAGGCAGUACUUUGAGAUCUACACCCCUUCGCCACGGGACUUUCAGUUGAGACUGCGCGAGCCCCUGGACUACGAAAAACAACGCUCCUUCACUGGCAGUGUGGAGGCCUAUGCCAGUGCGCAGGCCACCUUUCGCCUAGACGACAGGACGGGCGUUGUGACCCUGGCCAGCAGGUUGCGUGCGCAUGUACGCCAAAAGUAUAGUUUCAAGGUGAGGGUUAAAGAGAGCAGUGCCAGUGCUCGUACCUCGGAUUUCCAUCAGCAGACAUCACUGUUCUCGUUUCCAGUCGCAGGCCCCAAGUCCGACACCAUCGACGUCAUUGUCAAUGUGCUGGACAUUAACAACUUUGCCCCGGAGAUUUUUCUUAUCGACUCCAUGGAGGAGGAUGGUGAUACCAUCACAGUGCCAGAGAACACUGAUGCGACCCUGAUUCUAACUCUUCGAGUCCGUGAUCGGGAUCUGGGCGAUAAUGGGGAGGUCAGCUGUGCUCUGGACGACAGCAAUGAUGUGGGCUACAAAUUUCGUCUCAACAGGGAGCCCGACCCCAGUCUCUACACUCUUCACACGCGACGCAGAUUCGAUGCGGAGGUGGAGCCGGCUGUAGUGCUGAACAUCACCUGUUGGGACUCUGGCAGUCCGCGACAGAGCACCAGUCGUCAAAUUGUUGUCCGCAUCGGAGACGAAAACGAGUACGCUCCUGUCUUUAACAAACAGGAGUAUACAGCCAGCGUAGUUGAGAAUGCGCGCGCUAAUCAACCUGUUCUGCAAGUGAGUGUGCUUACCCCUCUUUUUUGUUAUUAA